AUGUACAAGCCUGCUCCUCCGAGGCCCAAGAAAACGAACAUUGUCCGGUCACGCACGGGAUGUAGAAACUGUCGCGAGAGGAAAACGAAGUGCGAUGAGCAGAAACCGGCGUGUGGGACUUGCGUCAGACUGGGAAAGGUCUGUGAGAGUACUAAACCUGAUUUCAGAUUUCGCACGGUGGACAGGCCGGGUUCUUCAAAAGUCGCCAUCUCCAAAAAGAAAUCACGAUUGGAGUACAAGAGGCAGUCUUCUCCGGAAAAGCAUAUAUCUGAUGAGCCGGAUUGCAAUGGCCUUGGGUUAGGACGACUUGAUCUUAUCAGAUCUUUACAGCAUACGGAAAGAGAUGUCUUUUAUUCUACAUAUUGGGAAGACAUGUGUCUCCCGGCAUUACACCCAGUCUUCCACUCAACCUCUCGCUUAGCCAGCAAUAAUCGAAUGUUAAACGAUGCUAUUUUGGCCCUGUCAGCAUGCAACCUGAGCCGCUUACACGCAGAAAAGAGAAAUACCUCUGAAAAAAAUGUCGCGGCCCACAGUCCAAGUCUAAUCCACCAGACUAGAAGCUAUUGGUACUACUCAUCAGCGAUUCGGGCAUUUACAUCACUGCAACAAGUCGACUAUCGAUAUAACGCGAUAAUAGUCCUGACAGUAUUAGCUGUAUUUGCACACCUCGAGUCCUCGAUGGGCAACUUCGAAGGAUUCUACUGUCAUUUUCAGGGUUUAUCUGCGUUUCUUAUGGUCCUGGAAGAGAUAGCAGGAGACCCGGUUGUGAAAAGCCUUCUCAUGUCGUGGAUGCAGAUACGGUUUGUGGUCUGGUGGGCUCGUGUGUACUUUUGCUCGUUGGAUGUACUGCAGCGGUUGCCGCCGGUUCCAUUACCGCGACUACUUGAGGGGAGCUUUAUUGGCUCCCUUUACGAGAGACGUGUUGUGGUAUUGAGUAUCAUGUGCGAAUCGCAUAGACUGAAUUGCAAUGCAGUGCUGAAGCAUUGGUCCCUUGCGGCAUUGAAAAACUUAAAUAACGUCGGGGAACGAUACACGAUUGAUGAUGAUAAUGAUGAGAUGAACUACUUUACGCCCUUGGGUGACGAAGCAAGGAAGCUGGAUGAGUGGCUCUUGCAUCUUCCACCGUCAGAACAGCCACUCCAUGAUAUUAGUUUACCGCUUCGCUAUGACAUGAAUAAUUUGAGCAACGAACCACUAUAUUUUAAAUCACACGAUGCUGCCCUUAACUCUACAUACUACGCACUCGCGCGAAUUAUGCAAUGCGCCGCUUCUAUACACCACCUCGAAAACCAGAAACUCCCCUGUCCCACUUCAAAUGAUUCCGAAGAAGAAACUUGGAUCCGACUCCUUCUCCGAAUAAUCAAAGGAACCAACCUCCACAUGUCCGCCUCCAGAAACAGCUACACAAUCGGCUUCUCAGGCAUACUCCUCGCUGCGCUCCUUCGCUGCCAGGACCUCGGUCUCAGUCUCGAAAUCCAGAACUGGCUGCAGAAUCUUGAGAACGUGCAGCCUACAGAGGAAGGCGCUUUUCCGGUAUACCAGGCCGUGGGUGUGGCCAAAGCUAUUAAUCGACAGAGGAUGGUGGGGAGGAAUAUAUAUGGCGUUACGCAGCUGGUUGAUGAUGGUGGGGUACCAAAAGUCACUGCGUAUAAUAGCCAGUCGAUUGAUAGCAUGUUGCUUCAUGGGAGGUGCCAGCUGUCGGGUGAGUUUUUUACAGAGUGCGUUUCGAUUGAGUUGUAUGGUUAG